AUGACGUCACGAAAAGUGGCGCGUGUCAAAGAACGAAUGGACCGCGACUACCACUGCCACUAUCUGUGUGACCGCGACUACCACUGUUACUACCUGUGUGACCGCGACUUCGACUGCCACUAUCUGUGCGACCGCGACUACCCCUGCCACUAUCUUAGUGACUGCGACUACCACUGCCACUAUCUUAGUGACCGCGACAACCCCUCCCACUAUCUGUGUGACCGCGACUACCACUGCCACUAUCUUAGUGACCGCGACAACCACUGCCUCUAUCUGUGUGACCGCGACUACCACUGCCACUAUCUAAGUGACCGCGACUACCCCUGCCACUAUCUGUGCGAGCGCGACUACCACUGCCACUACCUUGACCGCGACUACCACUGCCACUAUCUGUGCGAGCGCGACUACCACUGCCACUACCUGUGCGAGCGCGACUACCACUGCCACUACCUGUGCGACCGCGACUACCCCUGCCACUAUCUUAACGACCGCGACUACUACUGCCACUCUCUGUGUGACCGCGACUACCACUGCCACUAUCUUAGUGACCGCGACUACCACUGCCACUAUCUGUUCGACCGCGACUACCACUGCCACUAUCUGUGUGGCCCCGACUACCACUGCCACUAUCUGUGCGACCGCAACUACUACUGCCACUAUCAGUGUGAACCCGACUACCACUGCCACUAUCUUAGUGACCGCAACUACUACUGCCACUAUCUGUGUGACUGCGACUACCACUGUAACUAUCUGUGUGACCGCGACUACCACUGCCACUAUCUGUGUGACCGCGACUACCACUGUAACUAUCUGUGCGAGCGCGACUACCACUGCCACUACCUGUAG